AUGGCAGCUAACUCAAUUUUCUAAGAACAUUGUAAAUUUCAUGGCAAAAGAAAUUUGGAAUUUGUAUGUAUUGAGUUGUAAUGCGAAACAAAAGAAAAAAGGGGAUGCAAUCUUUGCUUCAUGAAGAACGGGAAACAUUAAGACCAUUCAUAUUUAGAAUCAUCAGAGUUGAUGGAAGAAAUAAACAAUUUUUAGGUUUAGCAUGUGACUGAAAAAAUAAAACAAAAAGCAAAAAGUGCAAUAAUAAAAAUAAAUUAAGAAUUAGAUGAUUGGUACUUAAAGGUAGUUCAGAAAUGCGAAGAAAUUGAGACAAAGUAUGAAGAAAUAGGAGAUGUUGAUAGUUUGAUUGAAGUUUAUAGGAUUAAAAAAAAUGAAUAAAUAUUGCCAAUUUAUCAAGGCAUAGAUAUGUAUUAAGAAGAUGUUCUAAAAAACAUGAAAAAUGCUUAAAACUACAUCAAUUAUUUUUAUCAUUCAAAGUACUUGGAGUAAUUAAGCAGAUAUUAACAGCAAAUUGAUUAGCUUAAGCAAUAGUUUUAGGAAAUAUAUGAUAAAAACCCUUUAAGGGAAUAGGUCAAUGCUCCUUUUAAUUUUGAUAUGGAAGAAUUAGAAAAUAAUAUAGAUAGCACAUUGCAUCCUUAAUUAGAAUAAAUAAAGUUAUUUGAUUAAAAUGGAAAUCCUUAUUUUAAAGUUAAGUCUAUUUAAUUAUGCUAAAAGAAGGAUAAUCUUCCAAAUGGGAGAAUGUUCUACUUUCGCGAUACAGGCGAAUUGUACGAAGGAUAUAUACUUAAUAAUUAAAAGCACGGAAAAGGCAAACUAGUAAAUUAGUAUGGACAUGUUUAUGUGGGUGAAUUUAGAUAUAACAAAAAGUAUGGAUUGGGAGUUUAUUUAUUUGGUCAAUACAAGUAUGAAGGCGAGUUUUAAGAUAAUAAAUAUCAUGGCUGUGGUAAGAUGAUUUAUCAAAAUGGAGAUGUUUUCGAAGGGUUUUAUAGAUAUGGAAUGAGACAUGGAAAGGGUAAAUUUACAUAUUGCUCAGGAAAAGAAAAAAUAGGAGUUUGGGUAGAUGAUAAAUAUGUUAAUGAAAGUACAAUACCUAAGGAUGAACCUAAAGAAAUUUGA